AUGUCUUUCGUAAUAGAUGCUUUCACUAAGGUCAAAAACAACAUUGAACAUUUUGAUGAAAAAGAUUGGCAUAAUUGGGGUCAAAACCAGAAAUGUACUCCUGCUGAAAUCUUCCGACCUGUUAAUUUACAUGAUUUAAAAUCAAUCGUAAAAAAAGCAAAGGAUCAUAAUAAGAAAAUUCGUUGUGCUGCCGCUGGUCAUUCUUGGAGUAGUCUUAGCGUUACUAAUGAUUAUUUAGUAAUAGUUACUGAUUUGAAUGAUAUUGAGAUUCAAUAUAAUGAAAAGUUGAAAACUUGGACUGCCACCACCGAAGCAGAUCUUGAUGAAAAAUUGAGGAAACAUAACCCUCCAUUAACGUUAAAUUCGGCGACCGUACUGAAUACUGUAACAACCUCUGGCAUUGUAUCAACUGGUUCUCAUGGUGCAAGAUGUGCAAAUUCAAAUAUCCCGGAUCAAGUAAUCUCUUUUCAAAUUGUAACAGCCGAUGGUGAACUUCGUGAAUUUUCUGAUGAGAUUGAUCAUGCGGAAAUGCUUGCUGCUAGAAUUAGUUUUGGUCUCUUAGGAAUUAUAUAUAAACUCACUUUUAAAGUCGAACCAAUGUUUAAUUUGAUAAUGAAAGAUAGCUUCCCGUACAUUACAGAUUAUUGGAAAGCAUCAACCCUCAAACAUGAGGUGUUAAAUAACGAUAGUGUUGAAAUUUUUUAUUGGCCAUUCAAUACCCCUGGUCUUGAAGAAAAGAAUGAUAAACUUUGGGUAAAAACUUGUAAAAGAACCGAUUUAAAUGUUACAGUGAAUGAGACCGAAGAUAAACUGUUGUCGGCCUUCCAAAAUUUUGAACUCAAAUUUGGUGAUCAUCUUUAUGAACACGUCGCUAAAUUUCCGGAAUCUACCCCAUACAUUACAAAUCUUCUCUUUGCUGUUGGUGUUGAACAUGAAGGUGAAAAUAUUCUACAAGCACCUGAUGCUAUUCAUUAUCAGGGUGGUAUCGAUAACAUUCCUUGUAUGGACCUUGAAUUUGCUUUCAAAGUCAAUCAUGUAAGUAGACAUUUAAAGAAAGAGAUUGGAAUAAAUUAUCGAAUAGAAUAUUCACUAGGAGUAUAUGAAUUUGCUGCAGAAAACAAGUAUCCAUUAAAUCUUGCAGCAGAAUUUCGAAUUAAUAAGGCGUCCAAAUGUCUGCUUGCUUCGACAUAUGAUGAAGAUCCAAAUGCAUAUUACUGCUUACUCGAAAUCUUGUCUGUUAAUGGUACUAAAGGUUUCCUUGAAUUUACUAUUGAAUUGGCUGAAAGAUGGAUGAAGAAAUAUAAUGCUCAACCACAUUGGGGUAAAAUGUGGGAACACGUACCUGGUGUUAUUCCACAUGUACGUAAGUAUAUGGGAGAUCGUCUGGACAAGUUUGAAAAUGUUAGGGCGAAGUACGAUCCUAAUGAAACUUUCUUUGACAAUGAUUCUUUGAGAAAACUUUUUGGCAAAUAA